CUUUGUUUCUCUCUCUCUAAAGCUGUCUUUUUUCUUUCUUUCUUUCCAUAACAAUGUGGAAUUUUUGCAGAAGAAACGCCAAACAGUUGCAUAUUUCAAUUGCAUUCUUCUCCACAUGUGGAUUCCGUCGCCGGCAAUACCAUUCUGUUUCCUGAUUGUUCAUCAUUCAUUUGUGGAGUAAAGAGGAGGAUGUUGUUGUAUUAGAAGAAGGGAACAAACAAACAUUGCUUAAACAAUUGGUUUAUUGGAACGUGAAGGGGCCGAACAAUGACAUCUAAGUGUGAGCAUCAGACGGUCCCACUCUCGAUAUUGCUGAAGCGUGAAUUGCAGAGUGAAAAGAUCGAAAGGCCUGAUAUUUGUCAUGGUCAGGCUAACCACAGCAAGAAAGGAGAGGAUCUUACAUUUGUCAAAACAGAAUGUCAACGACUCACAGGAGAUGAUGCUUCUACCUAUUCUGUUUUUGGGUUAUUUGAUGGCCACAAUGGACCUGCAGCUGCUAUUUACACUAAGGAGAAUCUUCUAAACAAUGUUUUGGCUGCAAUUCCUCCAGAUCUCAAUAGAGAUGAAUGGGUAGCAGCACUGCCCAGGGCUUUGGUUGCUGGAUUUGUAAAAACUGAUAAAGAUUUUCAAGAGAAAGCUCAAACUUCAGGAACAACUGUUACCUUUGUGAUUAUUGAAGGUUGGUUUAUAACAGUUGCCUCUGUUGGUGAUUCCCGAUGCGUUCUUGAAUCAGCAGAUGGUGGAAUAUAUUAUCUGUCAGCGGAUCAUAGGCUCGAAUGCAAUGUAGAGGAAGUGGAGCGUGUUACUGCAAGUGGUGGAGAGGUUGGUCGACUUAAUACUGGUGCCGGCACAGAGAUUGGCCCUUUAAGAUGUUGGCCUGGUGGACUAUGUCUUUCUCGUUCCAUCGGAGACAUGGAUGUUGGGGAGUUCAUUGUGCCUGUCCCUUAUGUGAAGCAAGUAAAGCUGUCAUCUACUGGUGGCAGGCUGAUUAUAUCGAGCGACGGAGUUUGGGAUGCUAUUUCUGCAGAGACAGGCUUUGAAUGUUGUCGUGGGAUGCCACCAGAUGCUGCAGCUUCCCAAGUUGUCAAAGAAGCGGUCCAAGUAAAAGGACUUCGAGACGACACAACUUCCAUUGUGAUUGAUAUAACACCUCAUGAGAAACCUAACCCUCUGCCACCACCAAAGAAGCAUGGCAAAGGAGUUUUCAAGUCCAUGUUCAGAAAGAAAUCAACAGAGGUGUUCUCACAACAGGAAAAAGAAUAUUCCGAGCCUGAUGUUGUGGAGGAGUUGCAUGAGGAAGGAUCUGCCAAUCUUUCACAAAGGUUGGAUACAAAAUACCCACUGUGUAACAUGUUUAAGCUGUUUAUGUGUGCGGUUUGCCAAGUAGAGAUGAAACCUGGUGAAGGUAUAUCGAUACAUGCAGGUUCGUUGAAUUCAGAGAAUUUACGGCCUUGGGAUGGCCCUUUUCUUUGUUCAAGCUGUCAGGGGAAAAGAGAAGCCAUGGAAGGAAAAGGAGCAUCUGCGGAGGGGAGAUCCAGUAGUGGAAGUGACUAAUGAACCUUUUCCCAUUUGAAUGUAUUUCUUGAGAGUUUUACUCUUUGUGGAUAGAAGAUAGAUAAAAAAAACUCACAAGUGAAAGGAAAGCUUAAAAUGAUGUAAUGCACUUGGGUUGGCUCCAAAUUUCGGGUACAUCUACUAUAGUUAAUUCAUAUUUGUGGCGACAAAAUUGAAGGGAAAAAAGCCCUUUUUUCUGUUUCUUAGAGCUAACUUAGUUGUUCAUCCCCAGUUUAGAUGUAAGAUAGGAUUGUGCUGGGUAGAUAAUGAUUAUAUAUAUAGUAGUAAUGAUAUGUUUGUUUUAUAAGUAGUUUGUAUUUUCAUUCAAUUGAUUCAUCUAUAGCCAUAACCAACUCUGUGUGUCUUGUGAAGGGGUAAAUAAAUAUAUCCCCAUACUUAAUUUUUCAAUCUCUAUCAAUUUCUAAGCUUUGUAUCUUUUUAUUUUAUUAUUUGUAUGAGACUAAGUAAAAGUGGAUAUGAAAUUGUUACUUGUUUUAUC